UGGUCACACUAAAAAAGCAAAGCAAAAAUACAAUAGGCCAUCGGUCCAGAAAAUAUUAAUAUAUAUUUUUAAAAGCGAUUUAUAGUGAGAUAUCAUGGCGGCGCCGAUGCAACACGAAGAUCUACUGAAGCUGAAGAGCUUUAUCGAGUUCGUGGACUCGAAUCCCACGGUUUUGAACAUGCCGCAGCUGCAGUUUGUGAAGGAUUUCGUGGAGAAGUUCGGGGGCAAGGUGCCGGCUGGCGAUUUCAAGAUGCCCGACGCCUCUGCCGGAGGAAAGUGCCCGUUCGGUGGCGACGCCGCCGGUGCAAAGGCCAAAAAGCCGGCUUCUGGAACCGCCGAUCCCAGCGAUAAUGUCUCCGAGGAUAGCGAGGACGAGGAGUCCCUGUCCGAGCCCGAAUCGGACGUGGAACUGGACAUGGAAGGCGUAAUCGAGGCGGACAGCGAUCCCGCCCAGCCGAUGGGCGAUUCCUCCAAGGAACCAACCGAGGAGGAGAUUGACCAGGCUGGCGACCUGCGUGGCCAGGCCGCUUCCGCCUACGGCCAGCAAAAGUUCGACGAGGCCAUCGCCUUCUACACCAAGGCCAUCGAGCUGAACCCAGGCAAUGCCCUGUUCCACGCCAAACGUGGCCAGGCCUUCCUCAAGCUGAAGAAGCCGAAUGCCUGCAUUCGGGAUUGCGACAAGGCGCUGGAGCUGAACUGCGACUCAGCAGCUGCUUACAAGUUCAGAGGACGUGCCCGUCGCCUCCUCGGUGACUUCGAGGAGGCCGCCAAGGAUUUGCGUCAGGCGUGCAAGCUGGACUUCGACGAGGAGACAGAUGAGUGGCUCAAGGAGGUCACCCCGAAUGCCAAGAAAAUCGAGCAGCACCGCGUAAAGCAGGAGCGUCGUCAAGCGGAGCGCAAGGUCAAGGACCGCCAGCGGGCUCAGAGGCGCGCUCGCAAGGAGCAAGCUAAGCAGAGUGCCAGCUCAGGCGGUGGAUCGUCUGGAGGGUUCCCUGGUGGGUUCCCGGGUGGAUUCCCGGGCGGUAUGGCCGGUGGUAUGCCCGGUGGCUUCCCCGGCGUGGAUAUGGCCGAUUUGUUGGGUGCCAUGAAGGAUCCUGAGGUGGCCGCCGCCAUGCAGGACUUCCUUGCCAAUCCGGCCAACAUCUCGAAGUACGUGUCCAAUCCAAAGAUCUUCAACCUGAUGAAGAAGUUUGCGCCUGACGGAGACAUUGGAGCUGCUUUUGCCCAAGCCCAGGAAAAGUCCGGAGAACCAAGCGAGCCAAAACCCAAAAAGGGCCCAGCCGAUGUCGUGGAUGAUGGCUUAGACUAAGGAUCAGGGAUCGGGAUUCAAUAAUAAUUCAUAACACGCGGCGAUGAAAAUAAGUUAAAAAAUCACACAUACGAAAUAGAGCGAGACGAAAGUAUGGCGAAGAGAGAGAGAGAGAGAGAAAGAAGUAUAGGGAGUAAAAAAACACUAGGAAAAGAAAGAAAAGCUGCUGCCUUAGACAUUUUCCAGCUCAGAAAAAACUUCAAGAGUUCCCUACAUUUUAUCUUAAUUCAUACAUAAAAAAGGUCAGUAAAUUAAAAACCAUGAAUAUGUUAAAAAAAAACAAGCAGUCGAAAGAAUAAGUUUCCUUAAACUAAAAAACGCAGUUUCAAGCAUAAGAGAGAAGAGAGAUAAAAAACCAAUAUCCGGCACUUUAUCUUCAAAAUAAGCUACUGAAGAAAUAUAAAGCAAAGAGCUAGAGACACAUUUUAAAGCCAUUUCCAAUUUUCACAUCAGAAAGGAUUCACCUAUGCCUACGCCAUUAUAAUUUCACAGGAAGGUUUAAAAGGGUCCUGGAAGGAUACGAAGUACGAAUGUUUCCUUACUAACGUUUACAAGUCAAGUCAUUCUCAAGUCUGUCGAUCGAUCUAGUUGAACUAUUUAAAGCUCGAUAAGAAACCAAAAGAAAAAGAAACAAAAACAAGAAAACAUAUUGAAUAAUUAGCCCUAAUUAACUAUACUCGGAUACGCGGCGGCAUCAGAUAGCAGAUUGAAAAGCGGAAAACUAAUCACACCAUUUUGUUAAACAAAAUUGUACUGAGUAGGAUUUGAAGAGCAUUGUACUAAGCAAACGCAUUUAGCCAACCAAACAGAAAUCACUCACUCAUACUCAUAAACACACACAUAUAUAUUCACGGCCUGCAUGCCGACAUCUCAGACAUUCAUUCAACCAGUGAUCAAUGGAAUUAAAUAAACGAGAAUCUGAAGUGCUGAA